AUGGUCGACGGCGAACAGGCAGGUAUCCCGCAGAUGAUAGGGCAGAAUCGAAAAAUAUUGCUCCUAAACGCCUGUCAUAAGAGCGAGAUUAAAUACGUACAUCCUCAGAAAGCAAAAGCACUGGAGUUUUAA